AUGUCCGAGAUCGCAGUUCAGCAGACCGUGUACCUCAUCACCGGGGCCAACAAGGCUUUGACUGACGUUGACAUAUUUCCAGGCAUCGGGAGAGCCAUUGUCGAGAUCCUCCUCCAGCGGCCGGAUACCAUCGUGGUAGCCGGAGUCCGUUUUCCCAACGAUCCCACCUGCACGAGUCUGCGAGAGCUACACACAGGGAAAGGAAGCAAGGCAUUCGUGGUCGAAUUGAGAGAGGACAAGCACUACAAGGCGCUCGGCGAGACGCUCAAGUCUCAGGGCAUCGAUCAUCUCGAUGUCGUCAUCGCCAAUGCUGGCACGUCGAAGGGCUUCUAUACGGUCGUUGAGACACCCCUUGAAAAUGUCAUCUCCGACUUCGAGGUCAACACUAUCGGCACCAUGAAGCUCUUCCAGACGUGCUGGCCCUUGUACCGCCCGAAACACGCCCAGGGCGGCAAGCCUCGCAAGUGGAUAGUCGUCACCAGCUCGCUUGGCAGCAUCGGCUGCCUGGACAUGGAAAGCAUGCCAUGUGCUUCCUACGGCUUGAGCAAGGCUGCCGUGAACUUCAUGACCAAGAAGAUCGCGGUCGAGAUGAAGGACGAGAAUCUUGCGGCCAUGUGCAUCCAUCCCGGCUGGGUCAACACCGAGAUGGGCCGCAAAUUGGCACAGUCAUUGGGUGCUCCCGAUCCCGCGUUGACUCCAGAAGACAGUGCCAGAGGAUGCCUGGACUAUAUUGACAACCUCACUAUCGAGACGACUGGCAAAUUUCUUUACUACGAUGGGAGAGAACUCCCAUGGUAG